CUUCAGCGAGGCGAUGCUGUACACACUCGGUUUUCGAUACUAGAAUCGAGUGAGAAUGAUCCAUGUUCAGAUCGUCCUUUUUCAGUUUUCCUCUCACAACUCAUGCGCCCGGCUCUUCUUCGAUUGUUGAAGAGGCCGUCGGCUGUCUCAAUACUCGACUCGCUGAUAGCAGCCCCGGCCGGUGUCGAGCAAUUGGGCUUUCGAUUCAGAUGCGCACGGUGUCAGACACGAGGCACGCAGCAAACCGCAGCCGUUGAAUGGGAACCGGAAAUUCGAGAUCCUUUAAGCCACGACACUCCGAGCCAUCCUCGCUAUAGCUUUGCCGUACACGAAAUUACGCCUCUGCCGAAGAACGCUCGCCGAUUACGAGCCCACAAUCAAGCUGAUGUUUGCACUACAUUUAUAAAGACCUUGGGCUUGCAGUCGGAGAAACUGGAUUAUGAGUCGAAUAUUGGUCACACCAGGGACAUCGGAACGCGGCUGGUUGACCACCCAGACUCUCAGCAAGACUUCGCCCUCUGGGAAGAACUUCUUCGUUACCGGCAAAGACACUAUGGAGACAACGGUAUUCUGGAAAUCUGGAAGGGUCUUACGAUGCGGUUGGAAGAAGUGAAUUUGCCAACCCAGGGAGAGCAGGCAGACUUUUUUUGGCACACCUUCAUUCAGCUAGGUUUGAAACGGGACACGUUCUUGAAAGACCUAGCAGAUUACGCUCUACGAGUAUGGGAAAGGACCGGGGGGAAAUGGGCUGGGUUCUACGAAACGAUAGUUGGCGGUUUUUUCGAACGCGGCCUCACCUCUCAGGCCGUCAGAUGGCACAAAAAACUCCAGCAUCCUCACCUCGCUCAUCCAAAUGAUAUUCUGCGAAUACUCAACGCAGCACUGACACCAGUGCAGGACUCGAAACUAAUGAGCCUCCCGAACUGGUCUCAGAACGCAGAUGUUCACAAUUCUCGUGGCGCACGGGCUUUUCAAAAGAUAUGCCGUACGGUCGAAGGCCAUCAAAUCUACGCACCCGUCAUUUCAGCCCUCCUGCAUCGAGGUCUUAUGGAGGAUGCAAUCUCAAUGCACAACUGCCUGGUCAAACGACACGAUCAUCCGAAGAACGCCGAAGAGAUACAACGACUCCUCACGUACGCUAAAAGAUACGCCUCGCGAAGUACAUCCCAAACUCUUGAGGACUAUGUCGAAACCCAUUUCUCGCACAAUUCAGCUACCAAAACAGCAAGUGGUUCUGGUAGCUCAGCUUUGAAAUCCGAUCGAGGCAGUUGGGUUGGAGAGAAACCUUUCAAGGAUGAAUUUGGAGCACGAUUUUUUGCUACAAAGGCGCUCACAUUUGAGAUGGUAGUUGCUGGGCUGCGGAUGUUCGGAGUGUCAGCUAUUGGGCCACAUUCCUUGCGCGAGAUGGCCAUAAGGGCCCACGGCAACCAGGAUAUACUUAACAAGCUGAAAGCGCUCCGUCAAGCGGGAAUCGCUAUUAGCGACUCGACUUUCUCUCGGCUUCUACGCAAACUCGCUGUGGAAAACCGCGAAAUUCUUCUCAAUGAACUUUUACAUAGCGACCAACACCCUGACGUGCUAGAGGAUGUCGCAUUGCAAGAGUCGUUCUUCGUGUCACACUACAUGGCUCAGGACUGGCGCCAGUACAACCUCACCUGGGCUAUUCUAGGAGAACUUGUUGACGUACCACAGCUGCUCAACAUCCAGUUUCGCAAGUUCAUUGCUGCUGGCGAAUGGAAGCCAGCCUCCAAAAUUGCCGAUGAACUGUUUCUACAAGGAAAGAGGCUGACCACGCAGAGCGUGGAUUUCUUGGUCGGGCAGAUUGUAACCCCCCGGAGAAAAGGGGCGGGGCCAAAUCAGGGCCGGGCUCUCUCACCCAGAGACGAGGUGGCUCUGGUGGUGCAGAUCCUUCGGCGAGUUGUCUCCGCCGGCGGCGAUGUCCAUCCGGAGCUCUGGAUCGAGAUGCUAAAACGCAUGGGAAUGGGCAAUCACUGGGAUGAGUUGCGUGAGUGCUGCCUCUGGCUCAGUCAGGAGUAUUCCGCCGGUCAGAAGCCAAUGACUCUCACUUCACGGGCUUUGGUACAUCCUGGCCACGGUGAUCGCGUUCUUGAGGCCAUCUUCAACCCCCAGAUGCAGGCAGCGAUAGUCGCAUGGGGCUUCAAACUGCGGAUCCCACCCUCCCCCGACGGAGAGCAAGCUCACAGCCCAUCUCAAGCGAAGAAGGGGCAGUUCGUGCCCUGGGUACGCGGCCUGGUGCUACUUCGCGAACUGGGCCAACGAGGCGUACGGCUCUGCGAGACAGAGAUCCGCCGAACCUGUCAACGCCGCUUGAACGUUCUCUACGGGCCCCCUCGGCACUCGGCCCGACGCAUCAACCGCAUCCUCCGUCGGGAGAAUCCGUACGGGCUGCGACAGGUAAUCAACGACAUCCAUCAUGCCUGGGGUACGGUGUUGCUCUUUCCUGGCCUUCGCCCAGACAGAUUUCACAGGCUGGUUCACAAUCCAACGACCAAGAUGUCCCUGCAUCGGGCUCGACGAACGCUGCGAGCCAUUUUGAAUACGAAAUAACUGUAUAUAGAUCAUGUACUCUAAUAAUUUUUUAAACCCAUGCGAAAUAUGUUCUGUCGCCAUAGCGUACGGAAUCCUCCAUAUGUAGUAGGGACAUUUUAAUGCUUCGUCUCAAAAUGUACUCCAUACAGCACGGUCCACUAUGAUCCGUCCACCAUUGUCUCGGUCGCCGAUCAGAUUUGAUCCUGGGGACUGCCCAGAAACACUGCCCCCCCGCGCUCCUGAUGGCGCAGUGGCUGCGUCAACAGCGUCAGACUCUUGAGAGCCUCAGUAAGCCGGGUUCCCGUCCGCUGCUAAGAAUAGAUGGCGUGCGGCAUUCCAGGCAGCGAUGAUUGUUACCCGAAGGGUGGUUUGUUGGAGCCCUGCCUCCCUCCAUUGAAAACGACCCCUGCCUUCUCCACCUUCGACGACGAUCGACUGCAUUUUCUCGAUGCUGAGUAGUUGAUUCGAGCUCUGGACAGUGAUGGGGGG